UGGCAACGGUGAUGGGCAGUUUUCCCUCCCGCCACGUGUAUUUAACGUGUGGUGGGAACGCGUCAAAGUGGGGUGCGUAAUGGUCGAACGGCCAUCACCAGAGGCAUGACGCCGCGUUUUGUAAUUUUCACAAAUUUUGAAGCCAAACGUCCGUACACAACCCCUUUCCUAACACUCCCUUUCCUCUGUCCCUCCUUCCUCUUCGCCAGACACGCCGACGUAUUACAGUACGGUACUAGCACCGUCCUCACCAGCGCUGACCCUGUCGCUUCUACGGCGCGCAGCGGGUGGAGAUGGCACGUGACCGUCGACGGCCCCCACACAGUGCAAUUGCAGUAGCCUGGCCUGUCACGGGAUUGGCUACAUAUCCGGACGUCUCUUUAUUAAAGUAUGGAGCUUUCCAUACAAACACGAAGCUAUAGAUUGGAUAUCGUAUUAUAAUGCCAGCAUGACUAACGCCUUGGAAAUCCGGAUAAGCCGCGCGUCGAACCUUUGUAAGUAAACACGAUGAUGGACGGGCCGAAAUGGCAUCAUUCUUUGACCGGUGGCACUGCCAGCGCAUGAUGAUGUCGUCGUCGUCGGUCGCUCCUCGGCGCCCGUCGUCGCCUCGCCUCCGCGCGCUCUCGUCCUCGUCCAGCAUCAGCGACGAGCGCGAGGCUGUGGCCGUGCGCCGCGCCAACAGCGCGGCCAAGAUGCCCGUCGUGACGCCGGACCGCUGCAAAGGCUGCCUCCGCCUCUUCUCCAAGAUGCUCACGACCAAGCAGUGUUUCCGCUGCAAGAACUACGUGUGCGCGCUCUGUGUCUUCAAGGUGCCCAUGUUUCAUGGCGAGAAGGGCAAGCUGCCCAAGCACUCGCUCCACGCGCGGCUCUGCGCAUCGUGCUACGACGAAAGCAUCCUCUGCGACAACAGCACCAACAGCGCGAGCAGCCAGCCCGAGAUGAGCCCGCCGUCGGGGCGCGACACCGCCGGUCACUUUGACGACGACGCCUGCGACGACUGCGCCUGCGCCCCCGCGCCCAUUGUCGUCGCUGGCCCGAGCAGCACGGCGUCGCUCUGGCUUUCUCUCGUUACGGGCUCGCUCAUGCUCGGCGUUGUGCUUCUCGAGUCGACCGAUUUUCACGUCCGCGCCGGUAGCCUCGUCGGUUUGUACGUGGUUUUUGUCGUCAUCCAUCCGCUCUGGAAGUCUCCGUCGACGCCACUGCCGACGCCGAAACCUCGACGAAUGUCCAAGGCGAAGCGAGACCCGAGCGAAACCGCGUCUUCGGACGACGAAGAUGAGCCUUCGAUCAACAUGGAGGCGGUUCUCCUUGCCAAGAAGGAAUGGCUCGAAGCCCGCUGGAGCGAGCUCACGUCGGAACAAGCUGCUUGGGUCAAGAACGAGUCCAAGUCGACGGCGAGCAUUACGCUCUCGGAGCUCGACUGCGGCGACGACGUGCCCGUGUGCAUCAAGGUCGAGGCGUUUGUGCCCAACACGAGUGCUGACGAGAUCCUCUCGUUUAUUGGCAACCCGGACCCAAAAGAACGCAUCAAGUGGGAUUCCCACAUGGCCACGCACACGGUGGUCGAGAGCGUCGAGUGGCCAGUGACCAACCAAUCGGGUCGCGUCGUGCACAACGUGCAGAAGAGCCAUGGCAUGGGCCUCGUGCCGUCGCGGGACUUUGUCUUGCUCGCGCUGCGCAAGUCGCCGACGAUCUACGUCCAAGGCAGCCUCGAGCACCCGAGCGUACCGGACCGACCUGGCAGCGUCCGUGGGGUGCUCCAUAUUCUCGGCUUUGAGUGCGUGCCCACUGACGACGGCGUGCACUUGACGUACAUCAAUCACGUCGACAUUCGGGGGUCGCUUCCGCGCAAGCUCGUCACCAACGGCACGUGUGACAACAUGAUGAAGCUCAUGACGACCGCCGUCCAAGCCAAAAAGAAGUGGCUCGUGUAAACUGAAAUUUUGCGUUUUUGAUGCCCGAUUGA